GCGUCAGCCCGGCUUCCCCGCUCAGGCCCGGCUUCCCGGCCCAGGGCGGCGCGACCCCCGCCCGCGGCGCGCGGCGGAAUCGGGCCCGGGAGGCCUAAGGGGGCGUCCGGCAUGUGGGACCCGCAGGAAUUUGAGCGCCACUGGCGAGCCGAGUUCCCCGGGGAGGAGGCACCCGUCAUGCAGCUGGACUCGGUGCUGGACAUAGAGCGGGAGCUGGAGCGCUGCAAACUCAACCUGAAACGGCUGCAACAGGUGUGGGCUGAGGAGAAGUUCAAAGUCUUCUACCUGCAGGCGGCCCUGGCCGGCGAGAAGCGGGAGCCCGGCUGCUGGCGCGCGGAGGGAGGAGACGGCGGCGGCGGGGGAGUUUCGACCCAAGAGCCGGCGCGGGUCGGGCGGGAGCCGGCGCUGCAGCCGCUAAAGGAGGAGGGAGCCACUGGCACCCGCGGCGACCCCCUGGGCCCCGCGAGCGUUGAAGCAGAGGCGGCCACAAAGGCCGAGACGCCCCCCUACGUGUGCCUGGACUUUCCCUCCUGGUCUGAGGUGGCGAGGAGCGGGGGUGCGGUGCGCAGCUUGACCGCAGCCAUCCACCAGCAGCUGAUACAGCCUCGCCUCCUCUUCAGGCCCCGGGAGGACUGCGCGCCCCCGGGCCACGAUGGCACAGUUCCCGGAGCCCCUGGCGGGGAGCCGUCCUCCGGGACCCGCUCAGGGCGGGGCUCUGAGGAGGGCGAGCCGGACGCCUCGGGUGCCGACGAUGGGGGGGACAGCAGUGACCAUGACUUCGAGAUGGUGGAUUUGAACGAGAAAUUUGCCCUCGGUCACUUGCUUGUGGCUCCCUGCCGAUUGGGGACGCGCGAUGAGGCCGAAAAGCCGGCGCGGGCGAGCAGCCCCUAUCGCUGGAUGCAUCUGAUCCCUGGGGGUCGGCGACACCGGCGCGGGAGUCGCGACCUGGAGCAGCUGGAGGCGGAGACCAAGGAUGGGCAGGCCUCGCCCCUGGCGACGGAGGACCCCCCUUCUCGGGGGGCCCGUGAGCACCUCCCCCCCUGGAGGCGCAAGAGGUUCCUGCGGAUGCCAGAACGGGACUCGCCCAGCCACAGCUCGCCAGAGAGGGGCAGUGACUGCAGCCACAACAGCUCGGACCACGAGGACGGCUUCUCAGCAGACUUCAGCUACGGGGCAGACGACUACGACGGAGAGGGGAAUGAGGAGCAGAAGGGGCCCCCAGAGGGCUCAGAGACCAUGCCAUACAUCGAUGAGUCGCCUACCAUGUCACCCCAGCUCAGCGCCCGCAGCCAGGGCAGUGGGGACAGCAUCUCUCCCACCCCGCAGGAGGGGCUGGCACCCGGGGUGGAAGCAGGGAAAGGCCUCGAGAUGAGGAAGCUGGUACUCUCGGGGUUCCUGGCCAGCGAAGAGAUCUACAUUAACCAGCUGGAAGCACUGUUGCUGCCCAUGAAGCCCUUAAAGGCCACCGCCACCACCUCCCAGCCUGUGCUUACCAUCCAGCAGAUUGAAACAAUCUUCUACAAGAUCCAGGACAUCUAUGAGAUCCACAAAGAAUUCUAUGACAACCUCUGUCCCAAGGUGCAGCAGUGGGACAGCCAGGUCACUAUGGGCCACCUCUUCCAGAAGCUGGCCAGCCAGCUUGGCGUGUACAAAGCAUUUGUGGAUAACUAUAAAGUCGCUCUGGAAACAGCGGAGAAGUGCAGUCAGUCCAACAACCAAUUCCAGAAGAUCUCAGAGGAACUCAAAGUGAAAGGUCCCAAGGACUCCAAGGACAGCCACACGUCAGUCACUAUGGAAGCUCUCCUCUACAAGCCUAUUGACCGAGUCACAAGGAGCACCCUGGUCCUCCAUGACCUGUUAAAACAUACUCCUGUGGACCACCCAGACUACCCACUGCUACAGGAUGCCCUCCGCAUUUCCCAGAAUUUCCUGUCCAGCAUCAACGAAGACAUUGACCCCCGCCGGACUGCAGUCACAACUCCCAAGGGGGAGACACGGCAGCUGGUGAAGGACGGCUUCCUGGUGGAGGUGUCGGAGAGCUCCCGGAAGCUGCGGCACGUCUUCCUCUUUACAGAUGUCCUACUGUGCGCCAAGUUAAAGAAGACGUCUGCAGGGAAGCACCAACAAUACGACUGUAAAUGGUACAUCCCUCUGGCCGACCUCGUGUUUCCAUCCCCUGAGGAGUCUGAAGCCAGCCCCCAGGUGCACCCUUUCCCAGACCAUGAGCUGGAAGACAUGAAAAUGAAGAUCUCUGCCCUCAAAAGUGAAAUCCAGAAGGAGAAAGCCAGCAAAGGACAGAGCCGGGCCAUUGAGCGUCUGAAAAAGAAGAUGUUUGAGAAUGAGUUCUUGCUGCUGCUCAAUUCCCCCACAAUCCCUUUUCGGAUCCACAAUCGGAAUGGAAAGAGCUACCUGUUCCUACUGUCCUCGGACUAUGAGCGGUCAGAAUGGAGAGAAGCAAUUCAGAAACUACAGAAGAAGGACCUCCAGGCUUUUGUCCUGAGCUCAGUGGAGCUCCAGGUGCUCACGGGAUCCUGCUUCAAACUUAGGACUGUACACAACAUUCCUGUUACCAGCAAUAAAGAUGACGAUGAGUCUCCAGGACUCUACGGCUUCCUCCAUGUCAUCGUCCACUCUGCCAAAGGGUUUAAGCAGUCAGCCAACCUGUACUGUACCCUGGAGGUGGAUUCCUUCGGCUAUUUUGUCAGCAAAGCCAAAACCAGGGUUUUCCGGGAUACAACAGAGCCCAAGUGGGAUGAGGAAUUUGAGAUUGAACUGGAGGGCUCUCAGUCCCUGAGGAUCCUGUGUUAUGAAAAGUGCUAUGACAAGUCCAAGGUCAACAAAGACAACAAUGAGAUCGUGGACAAGAUCAUGGGCAAAGGCCAGAUCCAGUUGGAUCCACAAACUGUAGAAACCAAGAACUGGCACACCGAUGUGAUUGAGAUGAAUGGGAUCAAAGUGGAAUUCUCCAUGAAAUUCACCAGCCGAGAUAUGAGCCUGAAGAGGACCCCGUCCAAAAAGCAGACUGGCGUCUUUGGUGUGAAGAUCAGUGUGGUGACGAAACGGGAGCGCUCCAAGGUACCCUACAUCGUGCGACAGUGUGUGGAAGAGGUGGAGAAGAGGGGCAUUGAGGAAGUCGGCAUCUACCGGAUAUCAGGGGUGGCCACGGACAUCCAGGCGCUGAAGGCUGUCUUUGAUGCCAAUAACAAAGACAUCCUGCUGGUGCUGAGCGACAUGGACAUCAACGCCAUCGCUGGUACCCUCAAACUCUAUUUCCGUGAGCUGCCCGAGCCCCUCCUCACAGAUCGACUCUACCCAGCCUUCAUGGAAGGCAUUGCCCUGUCAGACCCUGCUGCCAAGGAAAACUGCAUGAUGCACCUGCUCCGCUCCCUGCCCGACCCCAACCUCAUCACCUUCCUCUUCUUGCUGGAACACUUGAAAAGGGUUGCUGAGAAGGAACCCAUCAACAAAAUGUCCCUUCACAACCUGGCUACUGUGUUUGGGCCCACGUUACUGAGACCCUCAGAAGUGGAGAGCAAGGCACACCUCACGUCGGCUGCAGACAUCUGGUCCCAUGAUGUCAUGGCACAGGUCCAGGUCCUGCUCUACUACCUGCAGCACCCCCCCAUUUCCUUCGCAGAACUGAAGCGGAACACACUGUACUUCUCCACCGACGUGUAGCCUAAGGUUGGAGCAGCUGUGGGGGGUGGCCCGAGCCAGCCUCUCCGGCCAGGGACUCAACAUGAACUUGAGAGACUACAAUAGAAAACUCCCAAACCCAGCACUCCAGACUCCAAGGGACACAGGUUUCCAAGAACUGGAAUAUGUGCAUCUUCCGUGCCACCUUGUACAAAGCCAGCUGACCCAGCCCCCAGCCUCACCGCCACACCCCGGGCUCCUGCCCUCUCUACCUUUAGUUGUGUCUAAUGCUCCGUGCUGUUCUGGAGUCGUUUCAUGUCUGUUUGUCAUGCAGAAAAGGUAGUGACCGACCUGGUGUGGGCACACAGACAGCCUACUUUGUUCUUUCAUUUCUUCCAACUCUUUCUUUCCUCCCAAGUCUAGUCCAAGGGCUUUUAUUUUGCGUGCUAUAACUGCUACCAGCUUAUCCUCUUUUGGCCCUGCUCCCAGGCUGCUGUCCUGACAGCCUCCCCUUGGUUUUCGUCCACCCGCCCCUACCUCCAGCUGCCGUGCGCAUGUGCAGCCUUGGUUUUGCUCCAUCACCUUGAAGGUUCUGAGGUGGUGGCCCCGGGCGGCAGUGUGGCAGUGAUGGUAGACGCACACUUGCCGCCCCCAGCCCUCUCCUUGCCGCCACCUGUUGGAAGCACACCUGCUUUACCUUGCUGCCUGUGCAAAUGUUGGAAAAGGAGACAGACUUACACUAAUCCUCCGUUUAGGACAGAGCUGGAGAGUGGGUUUCUGGAAUUUUCCAUCUGAGAUUCUCCAUUUCUAGAAUUUAUCUGUUCUAUCUAUCUCCUGCCUGCCAGUGAGGCAUCUGUGACGGUUUCUUCUACUGCUUUUGAGUUCCUUUUCCCCUUGGUGUUCUCUUUCCUUUGAGUGUAAAGACUCACAAGUGACUUAUCAGGAUAGCCAGAGGGUCAGGAAAGAAUCGGGGGAGUCAGGGCACUGAGGAAAUAAGACAUGUCAGACAUUCAGAGGAGUGCCAGGUAGCAUGGACGUCCUGGGGGAGGCAACCUUAGCAGCGAGGAGUGGCAGUGGUAUUUGUGGUGGUGCCAGGCUUCCAGGAGGGCAGCUCCUCUAUGGCCGAAGCAGGUGUCCAGGAACAGGCAGGCUCCUUCCCGGCUGGCCUCUCCUGGGACCUCAUUUAUCUUUGCCUUAGAUUUUACACACAUUCUCCACAGCCAAGCACUGCCACGGGGCAGCCCCCACUGCCACGUGUGCUCCAGGGCCUGGGAAAGUUGAUAUGGUCCUUCAGUACCAGCCUCCGUAGUGCCACCUCCUCACCUGACUUCUAGAUGCAACGUUUUGGGUGAACUGUAGGAAACCCCAAAGAUGGGGAUGGAUGAGGAGUCGCUGACACUCCCAGCCCGAGGAGUGUGAGUUGUAGUACACAGUUCCCUGGCAGAGAGUAAGUUCUAGGCUCUCAGGACUGGGGAGAACAGUUCCGGUGGCCUGUACUCAGGACAAGGUUUAAAGAAGGGUUUGCUGGCCCUAAAGCUGUAGCUCUUGCUCAGUGAGAAGCAGGGCCCUUUCUGAUUUUGUUUACACCUGUUGCCUACUCUUGGGCAGAACGGUACACAUCGGAGGAAAGAAAGGCCUAAGAGGAAGGAAAUACUGAGUAAGCUGCCCACAGCAGCUUAGCAAGACGCUCUAUUCCCUGGGACAGGUGGAGGACGAAGAAUGCCCGAGUUUAAAGAUCCCAGCGUCUAACCAUCCCUGGAGUCUCAGCUCAAGAGUUGGUGUGUGACAUGGAAUGUUCUUGCUUCCAAAGCCUUUGAUGGGAAUGACUGGGAGGCCCAGCUGGAGCUAGUGAUAGCCCCAAAUGGGUGCCUCCAACCUCCCCCAAGCAGAGGAUGCUUGCUUCUUGUCAUCAGAGAGCAACUGCCACCCCUCAGGCAAUAUGAGACCAGAAGGAAGGCUGGAAGGGCUGAGAAAUGCAAAAGGAUCAUAAUAUUUAUAAAUUCCCCUCUCAGAGUGAAGAGGACCAGGUGGCAGACCUGGACUAAGCUGCACCUAGGAAACAGCCCAUAGGUUCUCCUGAGACAGGGACUGUGCAGCCCAGAACCCCUAGCCACUCUGCCCAGCAAGGCAUCUGGUGCCAGCAGGAGCCCAGCAGACAGGCUACAAGAAUCCCAGUACACCUGGCCCUGCAGGGCAAUGGCAAUGGGUUGCCAGUUUUUGCUGAUUCAGGCAAGAUGGGGUCCUUCAUUAAUAUUUGACUCUAAUAAGUUGGUGAGGAUAUAUUUUUUUGUCUAUGUUCUGUUUCAAUUUAUGUAGAUUAUUAUAAAUUGAUGUAAACCACGUGAGAGGAAGAUGUUAAUAAAAAAAUGCAAAGCCCCAACAUUUGCACACAACUCA